CUGCAGUUUAAGGGCGAGGAAACAAAAAGAGAGAAACUCAGCCACGGAAAAAGGGGGAACGGGUGUGAAGUGCACUUGUGACAGGAUAAUAUUUUCCUUAGCGCCUGCAGUGAAAUAAAUCUAUCCGAAAGACGCAAGAAUGUGUAAAAGGCCGCCUACGUGAAAAACAAGUCUUACGAGGCAAGCCUCCGAACAUUUGUUCAACAUCAACACUACACGCUCAAGUGCUCAUCAAAAGCAACAUCAAGCCCUGUAUAAUUAUCCAGCUCUCCGGGGUGAUCGCUUGGCUGCUCCCCCGCCAAGUGUUUGAAUCACAUUAACAGCAAGGACAGCACCGCCGCACACCACGUGGUUUUGAUGGCUGGCUGUCAAGGAGGUUAGUUAAAUACUAAACGUAGACCGUUCGGGCGGAGCUUGCGGGGUUGUGCAACCUUAUUGGUCAACCGAGCCCUGGCCGGAUGAUGUGUCUGUGCCCGUACCACGUGGUACACUCCGGUGAAGAGAGAGAACAGUCAUGUUUGUUGAUUAAGCCAAUCUGAACGUUCCGUAUAUGGUGAGGGCAUAUCCGCAAUCGCUCUUGUCGUACAGGCUCGGAUGGUUUGUAUCUGGUCUUCUACAGCAUCCAACAAGCUACGGGUUAUUACGACUUUUAGCCUCUUCUUCCACCUCCGUUAUGGAUAGUGUGCAGUGACACGGUGCUGUCGGGACCCGAACCACCGACCAACCCGACCGAGGACAGUACUUGCGCCCUGUUAUUACUAAGAAACGUGAAAGCGAUAGGAAGGAGCAGCAGCUUUCCCGCCGGCUAAAAAAGUUCUGCCUAUUGUCAUUGGUUUGCCGAGUCACGCUACAGCUCGUUGCAAUCGGAGAGCUUUUCAUUGUCAGUAGUUGACUGCUGUGCCUAGUUGGAGUAGCAUCAACCAGCAAUCCCUUUGUAAGGGCGGCCGACGUCACCAACAACAGAAAGACGGCGUCGUUUCCUAGCGAACAAAGAAGUAUCGUGUCCAUGUAGUAGCGAAAACUCGGAUGCCAUAUUAGGUCCUCCGCCAUGUAUCCAGCUCGCCAUCCGAGCCUCAGGAUUUGACUUUCUACCAUGAUUAAGCGACUGAUGAGAAACGAAGACUUUAAGACAGGUCCACCACCUCAACCUGGACAGCCUUUUAAAUUCACAGUUACUGAAUCAUGUGAUAGGAUUAAAGAAGAAUUCAGUUUCCUACAAGCUCAGUAUCAUAGCCUGAAAUUAGAAUGUGAGAAGCUUGCCAGUGAGAAGACUGAAAUGCAGAGGCAUUAUGUUAUGUAUUAUGAAAUGUCCUACGGAUUGAAUGUCGAAAUGCAUAAACAGACGGAGAUUGCCAAGAGGCUGAACGCCAUCAUCGCCCAGAUCCUCCCUUUCCUGUCUCAAGAGUCAUCCCUUAUGCCUUUUCAGCACCAACAGCAAGUAGCCGCGGCCGUGGAGAGGGCCAAGCAGGUCACCAUGACCGAACUGAAUGCCAUCAUCGGGCAACAGAUGCAUGCCCAACAGAUCGCACCGCACGCUCACGCCCCGCCGAUUCCCAUGAUGCCUCACGCGGCGGCGGCCAUGGCCAGUCUGCAACCCCCCACCAUGCCGCCCAGUACGGCUGCUGGACUACUCGCUCUGUCCAGUUCGCUGAGCGGAGGGGCGCCCUCGUCUCACCUGUCGGCGGCGAUAUCGAGUUCGGCCGCCGCCUCGGCCCUCAAGGAGCAUCGAGAGGAGAAGAGGUCGAGCAGCGCUCACAGCUCCGAAGACAGACACAGAAAUUCCAUUUCACCUAACGACCGAGAGAAGUUUCGGAGCCGAUCUCCGGAUCUGAAUCACGAGCUGAAGAAGAGGAAGAAGGAAGAGAAGGACAGCGAUGCGGAUCAGAGUGAUCAGGAGCUAGUGGUGGACGUCGCGAACGAGGAUUCGGUUGGGCCACCCAAUGGUGUACCUUCGCCCCAAGAAAACGGCACGGAGAAGGCACCGAAGAAGGAGCACAGCGCGCACAGUCCACACAGUAGCAUAUCUUCGAACGCCAGCACACCCUCAUCCAAGCAUAAAGACAAUGAAAAGUCGACCACACCCAUCCCCAAGCCAGUCACACCCACCAGCUCAGGAGGUAGCACACCUGGAUCCAGUGGUCUGAAGUCCCUGCCCAAGGCACCAUCACUUGGUCCACCGUACCCAUAUCCAUUGCACACAGGAGGUUCCGCUACUCAUCCAGGAAUGCCAGCCGAUCUCAGUUCUAGUGCCUCUUAUUCACAAGGAAUGCUUCACAACAACAUUUCUCCAUCUCUGAAUUCUUACACCAGAUCGCUGGUCGGUUACGACACUCAUCCCUCGAUGAGAGCCCCAGGUUUUGGUAGUAUACCGGGUGGAAAGCCCGCCUAUUCAUUCCACGUCAGUGCUGACGGACAAAUGCAACCAGUUCCUUUUCCUCCCGACGCCCUCAUUGGCCCCGGCAUACCCCGUCACGCUCGACAAAUUAAUACUUUGAGUCACGGAGAGGUGGUGUGUGCCGUGACGAUUAGUAAUCCUACAAAAUAUGUUUAUACGGGGGGAAAGGGUUGCGUUAAGGUAUGGGACAUCAGCCAGCCGGCUAGCAAGAGCCCCGUGUCGCAGCUGGACUGCCUGCAACGUGACAAUUACAUCAGAUCGUGCAAACUACUCCCCGACGGUCGAACGCUGAUCGUGGGAGGUGAAGCCAGCACCAUAUCUAUAUGGGAUCUGGCCGCUCCCACACCGAGGAUCAAGGCCGAAUUAACAUCUAGUGCACCCGCGUGUUACGCCCUGGCCAUUAGCCCCGACUCCAAAGUGUGCUUCAGUUGUUGCAGCGAUGGCAACAUCGCCGUCUGGGACUUGCACAAUCAAACUUUAGUCAGGCAGUUUCAAGGUCACACCGAUGGUGCUAGUUGCAUCGACAUCUCGAGCGAUGGCACUAAACUGUGGACCGGUGGUCUCGAUAACACCGUGAGAUCGUGGGACUUGAGAGAGGGAAGGCAGUUACAACAACACGAUUUCACCUCUCAGAUUUUCUCUCUGGGUUACUGUCCUACAGGAGAGUGGUUAGCAGUGGGGAUGGAAAGCAGCAACGUGGAAGUUUUGCACUGUACCAAACCCGACAAGUACCAGUUGCAUCUUCACGAAAGUUGUGUUCUGUCCCUUAAGUUCGCUUAUUGUGGCAAGUGGUUUGUCAGUACAGGAAAGGAUAAUCUGUUGAAUGCUUGGAGAACGCCUUACGGUGCUAGCAUAUUUCAGUCAAAGGAAUCUUCUUCAGUGUUAAGUUGUGACAUUUCCUCAGAUGAUAAAUACAUAGUGACUGGUUCAGGUGAUAAAAAAGCUACGGUGUACGAAGUCAUUUAUUGAGAUCAGCGGCGAAUCUCCUCUCAAGACGACGAAGAAAAGGAAGGAAGAAGAAAAAUGCAGUUCGGCCAGCUUGUGUCAUGAGCGAAACCCUCUAAAAAUGGCCGAAACUCGACAUGUUCCUUAGCAUCCUUCAAAGGACACAAAUAUCUUCUCAGAAAAAAAGAAACAAAACCUUUUUGGAUGUAUAUCACGACCAAACAACAUUCCCCACACAAGGAAUAGAAGAGAGACUUUUUUUUCGCAAGAGACCAAGUCGUACGAAUACGUUUGGUUAAUGGAAAUUAUUAAAAUAAAACAAAAAAUGGUGUACAUUUUUAAUCUAUGCUUUCAUAGUAGCACUGCCGGCCAAGGUGUGGCAGCUAUUUUAGGAAUGGUUGUUGUUUUUUUAGACACUUGUAGAUAUAUCACUGUCUGUAACCUGUGCAGAAAUGGUGUUCUGUACUAUGGAAAGGAUUCAUAGCACAUUUGGAUUCAUUGUUCACAACUUGUCUUUGUACAACGCUCCAUUGAAAAAAAAAAACGCUUUUGGACAGAUUCUUUUGGGAAUAUGUGGCAGUUCCACCGAAAAAAAAAAAAUGCUUUUUCUUCUCCAAGUCCUCACUUCACACGUGUAAUUUUCACACUAAAACCAUUGCCAAAACAAAAAAAAAACUUAAAAAAUAAUAAUAAUGUGUUGCUUUGUUACAGCGUCACUUUCAUAAAAGAAGUGCUUUUUUAUUUCCGUUAUGUAUUCAAGAACCCAGUGUUAUGUUUUGGUAUCUAUACAUAUAAAUCACGUAUGAGGAAAAAGAAUCGCAAAAAUAAUUUCAAAUUUUUUUUACGCCAGAAAAAAGUGUACUUUUUCUCCCCUAGACUUAAGUUUUUUAUUUUAUUAUUAUUUUUUUUUAUUAAUUUUUUUUUCUUCUCAGAAGGAGCACCGUUCGACCAAAAGCUGUCAUUUGAAUAAAAAAAAAAAAAUACAGAAAAGUAGCAAAUGAGCUCUUGGAUGAUUGGUGAAUUUUAUUAUUCGCUAAACAUCUCGUGGUUGUUACUGUGAUUUUUCAGAACAGUUGUGUGUACGUGAGAAAAAAUUUACCAAAAAAAAAAAUUAUUAGGAGCAAUCCAUCAUCAUCCAUGUUUCACAUUUGAAGAUGUUAAAUAAAGUGAUGUCAUGGUUUCGGAAUAUAUAUAUAAGUUUAUAUAUAUUGUCCGUAAUUUAAGGAAAAAAGAGGGGACGAGUGUCAUCUAUUAAACCUAGCGUAAAAUCCGAGAAAUUACUAAAAAUAAUUAACGGGUGUAGCGUUUCAACUGUUGUAAACGCAAUCUGCUUGUCUAACAGAAAAUGUCAAUAAUGGCGCUGGCAUGCUUCUACACGCCAUCUUGGCACCUGUGCCAAAAUCGGUAGAUGCUCGAAUGUCACCGGCGGUAAAACAACUGUCACCAACUAUAUUGGUUUACCCCCGGUUUCUUGCCAACUUUUUUUCUUUCUUUCUUUCUUUCUUCCCUUCAAACACGGUAAAUUGGUUAUUUUUUGCCAGGGAGGGAGGCGUGUCCUGGCGGUAGGAACAUCAAUCUGUUUAUCGUUAUUGUAACCUGACUAAAAAGCGCACAGACAGUUGAUGUUAACAGAGGAAACGUUAGCGGUAAACAUCCUGGAUUGAAAGGAAAUAGAUAA